UCGGUGUUCAUCUCUCGACCAGCACGGAUAGUGUUUUGUGAUCCCUCCACGGCGUCGAAGGAUUCUGGUGAACAGUUCGGAGACGCUGCAAAAAUUCUUCGAUAAAGAAACAGGAAUCGUAGAACAUAUGAAUGUUGUCAAUGUUGUAGUUCGUUGUGUUACAACACAAGAUUACUAGCUUCUGUGCCGGUUAAAGUUCACGGAUGAUUACAGCAUAUUGGUUUAGCAUCUACAUACCGCAGUGUUAGAAGCGAGAAGCAUGAAGUGAAGCACGUUUUAAGUGCGCCAGGGAGGAAGCUGCCAACUAACUUACAAAUGCUGAACACGUUGCUCGAUGUCGUGCGUUAAGAAUUUUAUUCGAUGAAAAUAUGAAAGUUAAUGAAUCAAAUUGUCGCUUAAUAGAAUUGAAAUAUCGGUAAUUGCACAUGUUAGCAGCGUAAUUGAUCCGCGAUCACCUACAUUCCAGUGUUAUAUUGUGUUACAAAAACAUCAAUCUGGACAUCUACGGAAGGCAACGAGUGAGUGUCACUAUUCCUUAUACAGUAGUCAGCAGAGGCUAUAUUAUUGAAGCUCUCGUCACUGUGAGGUGACCCACUUCCAGCUACCCAGCAACCUUGACUCAAAUUAGUUUAAGGGGCAAAUAUGGAGCCGAUCCUGUCCCCACAUGACCACCCCCAGCGAUACCGGAGCGUACCUGACACGUACGCGGGACGGUCACUUUUCAUAACUGGUGCGACCGGUUUCAUGGGCAAAGUCCUGGUCGAAAAGUUGUUGCGUGAUUGCGGGGAUCUCAAGUGCAUCUACUUGUUAAUUCGCACCAAGAAGGGCGUUGAUGCGGCUCAGCGAAGAGACGACUACCUCAAGCAUUUAGUGUUCGAUCGGAUACGCAAGACCAACCGAACCCAGCUGGAUAAGGUCAAGCUCAUACGGGGCGACAUUUUGGGCGAAGGAUUGGACAUUAGUGAGACUGAUCUGGUAGAACUGCUGCACAACGUUGAAGUGAUAUUUCACUGUGCGGCGAAUGUGCGGUUCGAUCAGGAACUGAAACAGGCAGUCAAUUUCAACACCAAUGGGACGAUGAGAGUGUUGAAGCUAGCGGAACAAAUGAAACGUCUGAUGGCAUUCGUGCACGUGUCCACAGCGUACUGCCAAUGCAAUGAGGAAACUGUCGAGGAGAAAGGCUAUUCCGCGCCGCACAGUCCGCUGGGAAUCUCCAAACUAAUCGAACUAGUUGAUAAUGAUGUGCUAAACUUGGUCACGCCUAAUCUGCUUUGCAACCUGCCCAACACAUACGCGUUCACGAAGGCACUUACAGAGGACCUUGUGUGCAGCUAUAGAGACCACUUUCCAAUCGCUAUCGCUCGGCCAACAAUCGUGGUUGCCGCUUGGAAGGAACCAAUCCCCGGAUGGGUUGAGGGAACCAAUGGUCCCACCGGACUGAUGAUUGGUGCCGGGCGUGGUAUCAUUCGGAGCAUGCAUUGCAAUCCAGAAUUCGAAACAGACCUAAUGCCAGUCGAUAUCACCAUGAACGCGAUUAUCGCCUUGGGGGCGGAACGAAUCAACAACACUGCCAACCGAGAGGUGAUGUUCUGCAAUGUGUCCGGCGCCAAUGUGAAUCCUUUAACUUGGGGUGAAGCUCUUGAAACGGGUAAAAAAAAGUUCUACGAGAAUCCCCUCUGCUUCGCACUGUGGUAUCCUGAUGGUUCCAUUAAAUCAAGUUACUAUUAUCACAUGAUGUGUGUAAUUCUCUUUCACUAUUUGCCAGCCUAUCUCAUAGAUUUCCUACUGGUGGUACUUCGAAGAAAACCUUUUAUGGUUAAAAUCCAGAAAAGGAUAUCACAGGGUUUGGAAAUCCUACAAUAUUACACCACCAAGGUGUGGGUGUUUAAGAAUGACAAUAUGCAUGCUAUGUACAAUCGCCUUUCGGAAGAGGAUCGUGAAAAGUUCUACUUUGAUAUGUCACAUGUACAUUGGCCUACCUACUUCCUGAACUACAUUCUAGGCGUGAGACAAUACGUGCUCAAAGAACCGCCGGAGACACUUCCGAAAGCACGACGGCUGCUCAAAAAGUUAUACAUUUUGGAUCGAAUUGUUCAGGUGAUGUUCUACAUGUUAGUGGUGUGGCUAGUGUGGUCAUACCUGGAUGUCGUAAUCGGUUCGAUUCAAUUUGUAUUCGAUACUGCCAUCGAUGGUGUACGAAAAACGAUUUUUACAGCGAGAAGCACCACUGUUCGUUUUUAAGAAAUCAUCACAGACUAGAAAAGCAAUGUAAUCUCUAUAGUAUUAACGACACGAACACGCUUACAUGUACAUUGUGAUAUAAUUCAGACACAUUUUUAAUAUCAUUAAAUAAAACACAAACUCACGUUCGAUAUUGCACUUAUCAUGCACUGCGAUGAAGGAA